AGUGCUGGGCAAGAUAAGUGUACUUUUCAAAUUAAAUGCGAUCAACACGUUGAACUUGCCAAUCACAACACGCACUGAAAGUCAAGAGGACAUUCUUUAGAUGAAUCCCUUCAAGCCGGGCAAAAUCAUAAUUUAAUUUUAAGACGAAGUCAAAAGCCGCUGAUAAAAUAUAAUUCUGCAGAUAAAUUUCUGCUUCAUUUUUUUAACUUCGAAAAUAAAUUUCUGCUUCAUUUUUUACCUUCGAAGAAUUUCGUAAGAUCCUUGUUUUUGCCGUCAUUGGCUUCUGCAAUUUGAAAAAUUUGGGUUUUAAAUAUUCUUGCUCUCAAAUUCAGUGAAGGAUUUUGUAAGUGAAAAUGGAAGAGCUGUCAUCAAUACAACGGUAUGCGGCGGGCGCAUUGUUAGCCUUAGCACUUCGCGAAGCGCAAGUUUAUCAACUCUCUCCUGUCGGGUUUAAUUAUCCUUCAGAUGACGAAGACGGAGCCCAUGCACAGGCAACAGAUAUACCUCAGUACGAGCUCUGGAUUAACGAGAGAUUUGGUCUCCUUCGUCCUGUUUUCAGGUACUUGAAGAUUGAUGAUAAAGCCUGGCCUGGACUUGAGGAGACAGCCAUGACAUUCCCUGCCAGACAUCAUAUUGGAGCAUUUUUGAGGAUACUUUCUGAAGAAGAGAAGGAUGAAAAGCCGUCAUCAUCAAUAGGGGCAAAUUCAGAGAUUGAAUUGGCCAAUGCAAUAGAUGCAAUGUCAACAAGCUUUGAGAGGACCCCACUUUUGACUGGCAAAAGCAGCAGAAAUUAUGGAGCAUCCAAAACCCAGAGAGCUGAAACAAAUGAUUAUGGAAAUUCCAUGGAAGGAGCUAGCAGAUUGUGUGAGGCAAAUCCAGAAGUUUGUCAGUCAACUCCAGCAGGGCUGAACAACAGAUCUGAUGAGAAUGAAACAAUAACAGAAGGGAAGCUAUUAACAAAUCAGAGAAAAGUGGCAGUUUUGUUUGAGCUGUUGGCUGCUUGUGUUGCUGAUACGUUUGAAGAGAAAAAAAAGAAGUCAGUGUUGAGAAAAGGAUACGAUGCUCGACAUCGUGUCAGUCUCCGGCUGUUGGCUACAUGGCUUGAUAUCAAGUGGUCAAAAGUGGCAGCAAUGGAACUUAUGGUUGCAUGCUCAGCAAUGGCUGCACUGAAGGAGAAAGAAGCCCAAGAACAGGAGGAGAAGGCAAAAGGUGGUCAAUGGUCAAAGUGGAAGCGUGGUGGCAUAAUUGGGGCUGCAGCUUUGACUGGAGGGGCUUUGUUGGCUAUUACUGGAGGUCUGGCAGCACCAGCUAUUGCUGCAGGGUUGACUGCUUUGGCACCCACAUUGGGUACAAUUGUACCUAUCAUUGGUGCUAGUGGGUUUGCUGCAGCUGCAACUGCAGCAGGUUCAGUUGCUGGUUCUGUUGCUGUCGCUGCUUCAUUUGGAGCUGCUGGAGCUGGCCUUUCGGGGGUUAAAAUGGCAAGGAGAACAGGUGGCAUUGAAGAAUUUGAAUUCGAACCCAUUGGAGAAAAUCAUCAACAAGGACGUCUAGCAGUUUGCAUCCUGGUUUCUGGCUUUAUUACUGAACAAGAGGACUUUACAAGGCCAUGGGAAGGACAUGAUGGUGAUCUUGAGAGAUAUGCUGUUCGUUGGGAAUCAAAGAAUUUGAUUAUCCUUAGCACUGCAAUACAGGACUGGUUAACAUCAAAUAUCACAACCGAAUUAAUGAAACAAGGGGCGAUGCUUACAGUGUUGAGCACACUUGUAGCCGCCUUGGCUUGGCCUGCUGCGUUACUUUCUGCCACAAGUCUAAUAGAUGGAAACUGGGCAAUAGCUGUGGACAGAUCAGACAAAGCUGGAGUUCUUCUUGCUGAAGUUCUUCUCAAGGGGUUGCAGGGUAACAGGCCUGUGACACUAAUUGGAUUCUCACUGGGAGCACGGAUGAUAUUCAAAUGUCUACAGGAGUUGGCCAAAAAAGAGGAAAGUGCUGGUAUAGUAGAAAGGGUUGUUCUCCUCGGAGCACCUAUUCCGCUUGAUAAGGAAAGUUGGCAAACCGCCCGGAAGAUGGUAGCAGGACGAUUUAUAAAUUGCUACUCAACAAAUGAUUGGAUACUUGGCAUUACAUUCCGUGCAAGCCUUCUCACACAAGGAUUGGCUGGAAUUCAACCAGUGGACAUUCCUGGCAUUGAAAAUGUUGAUGUAACAGCAGCAGUAGAUGGACACUCUUCUUAUCUCUCAGUUGCCUCUGAAAUUUUGAAGGAAAUUGAACUGGACAGUUUUUACCCAGUUUUUUCAGCCAAAUUUCAUUCACGAUAAUGAAGGUUGAUCAUUUGUAAAUAAAACAUUCGAGAAGUCAGGAAAGAUGGUUCUCUUCCUAUAUUAGCUCAUAAAUCAUUUCCAUCUAUAGCAGCAGCUACAUGCUUUAAUAAUGCAUUGCUUUGAAAACACGCCCCCAAAUUUAUUUGCUGUGUGAAAACAUAUCUACCACACCUCAAGUUAUUGUAUGUAAAUCUUGUUAAUAAUGCCUUCUAUAAUAGUAAAUGUCAUCUCAAUUUAA